UAACCUUCGUCAAGUUUUCUCUCUCUCUCUCUCUUUUUCUCAAAUAUAUAUAUAUAUAUAUAUAUAUAUACACCUCUACAGGUAUAUACAAAAAUAUAUAUAUACAUACACAUCAGUUGAUUUACCGUCUUGAAUCCUUCUUUACCUACCUUCUUCAACAUGAGGAGAAACUGCAACUUGGAGCUUCGUCUUCUUCCUCCCUCUGAUCCCCGCCAUGAAAUCUUCCACCUGAUUAAUGAAGAGAUCACAAGCUCUAAAAGCCCACAAACAGAGCAGCUUACCAUCUUCUACAACGGGAAGGUCUGCGUUUCCAACGUUACUGAGCUUCAGGCGAAAGCUAUACUGUUCAUAGCAUCAAGAGAAACAAUGGAGGAGAAACCAAGAACACCAACUGAGUUGGAGAACGGUUCGUCGACUCAGAUACGAAGCAAUAUUGCUAAUGGACUUUCCAUGAAGAGAUCACUCCAAAGAUUCCUGCAGAAGAGAAAACACAGUAUCCGUGCUACUUCUCCAUAUUGAUGUAAUAAAAUACACAUAUAUAGAUAUAUACGUGUUCUAUCUAUAUAUAUAUAUAUAUAUAUAUAUAGACAGGUGGCUUUGUAAAUGGUGUAAUGAAAUUGGGUUCUUUGCUGCAAAUCAUCUUGUAAUAUUCUUGAAUGCUUUGUUUCUUAAUACUUAGAUAUGUUGAUUGUGCUA